AAUCGGAAUGGUGAGAUAAUCUAGCAAGAGCGAUAAGGGCUACGUUUGCGUCGUUCAAGCAGUGCAGGCCCGGCGCGAGCGCUCCUCAGUUCACAUUAAUGUCGUGUUGUUUAUAAUGCUAUUGAGUACUUUGUACUGAAGAAACUAGUCAAAAUGGUGUUGUGUCCGCCGUUUAGGUGGAAUUCUCGAAAGAGUUUCAAGCUUUGCACAGUUCCUGCCGAAGUCAAUCCCAACGUGCGCCGUGAAACUAUCUACAUAAUUCCUGAUGGUAUCACAGAAAAUUUCCAAAAUAACGAUGAAGAACUAUCAAACGGGAACGGGCACGCGCCCACUGGAUACAGUAGAGACAGUGGUAACGACAAGCCGGUCCCAAUGGACGAGGACAGAAAAAUCAGCUACACCAGCUACCACAGCAGUAAAAUGAGUUCUAGGAAAGCAUCCGAAACUGAGUAUUAUUAUGAUGAGCGCAAGAGUAGUGCAGGGCGUAAAACCAUAUCGGACCUUGUACAAAAUAACACCAGCAAGCGGUUGAUACGUACUGAGCGACGUGGAGUGAUUGCUGAACCUGUGAUGCUUCCAGACAAGAAACGCUCAUUGUCUGACAUACAAUAUGACAGAUAUGAAAAAGAUAAAAGGUCAGCAGAACAAAUAAAGAAAGCUGUGUUGGCAAAUGACUUUUUAAAGAAUUUGAUGGAUGAGGAACGACUAGAAGCUGUCGUUGAAGCUAUGAGUCCUCAGGAGUUCCCCGCUGGAAGUCUCAUCAUUCGUGAAGGAGAGAGUGGCAGUCACUUGUUUGUAUCUGCUCAUGGACAGUUUGAAGUUCUUAAGGGUGGACAAGUUGUUAAAACUUUCGGACCUGGGGAGGCGUUUGGUGAACUAGCACUUUUAUACAAAGCUAAGCGAUUCGCUUCGAUACGAUGUAUAACGGAAGCGAAAGUGUGGAUGCUGGAGCGUCGAGUUUUCCAGAAGAUUAUGGUUCGCAGUGGUCGUCAAGAACAAGAGGACAAUAUAAGAUUCCUAGCAUCAGUGCCGCUAUUGCAGGGCAUUCAUCCUAUAGAACUGACCAAAAUCUCCGACUUUUUGAAAAGGGAAUUCUUCUCGACGGGAACGCCGGUAGUUCGGCAGGGAGAUCGAGGUGAUAAGUUCUACAUAAUCCGUGGUGGAACCGUGGUGGUGACGAAACGGGAAGGCGAUGGGAGCGAGAACCGCGUUGGGGUGCUCCGCCGUGGUGACUACUUCGGCGAGCAAGCUCUGUUGCAUGAAGAUCGCAGGCUGGCAACCGUUACCGCCCUACCGCCAGGAGUUGAAUGUCUUACACUGGAGCGAGGACCUUUCACGGAUUUACUUGGCAACUUAGAAGAAUUAAAGUUUGUUCGUCAUGCUGUUCCACGGCCAUCACAACAAAAGAAAACAUCGCAAGUUAAAAGCGAAUUUGAAUUCGUGGAGCUGAAAGAUUUGGAGAUAGUUGGGACUAUGGGAGUGGGUGGGUUUGGGCGCGUGGAGUUGGUUCAGUACAAGCCUAACAAGUCGCUCACUUUCGCCCUGAAAUGCCUCAAGAAAGUCGACAUGGUGCAGCAACAACAGCAGGAACAUGCGUACAAUGAGAAAGAGAUCAUGAUGUCCUGUAAAAGUCCAUUUAUUUGCAGAUUGUUCCGGACAUUUAAGGACAAUAAGUAUGUGUACUUCCUGAUGGAGCCAGUGCUGGGAGGCGACGUGUGGACCAUCCUCCAGAAACAACGAUACUUCCCUGAAAACGUAUCACGUUUUAUGAUAGCCUGUGUGGUCGAGGCCUUCCAAUACCUUCACGCGAAGGACAUCAUCUACAGGGACCUUAAACCAGAAAACUUGAUGCUUGACAAACAUGGAUAUAUUAAAUUGGUUGACUUUGGAUUCGCGAAACGAAUUUCACCGAACAGUAAAACAUGGACAUUUGCGGGCACUCCAGAGUACGUGGCUCCAGAGAUAGUUCUCAAUAAGGGACACGACCGAGCUGUGGACUGUUGGGCUUUAGGGGUUUUGAUCCAUGAGCUGUUGGUAGGGAAGCCACCUUUCCGAGCACCUGGAGGGGAUCACAUGAAGACAUAUACCCUCAUCCUUCGCGGCAUAGACGCUGUCGCCUUCCACCCGCGCGUCGCUAAGUCUGCACAGAUGCUGAUUCGCAAACUGUGCAGAGCAGUCCCCGCUGAGCGCAUCGGAUAUCUCAAGAACGGAAUGGGUGACAUCAAAAAUCACAAGUGGUUUUUAGGCUUCGAUUGGGAAGGUCUGAGUGAGAGGCGACUGAAAGCUCCUCUGAUACAACCUGUAGCCUCUGACCUGGACCUCGGCAACUUCGAAAAGUACCCCAAGGAUAAACAACCUCCAGACGAAACUUCAGGCUGGGAUGUCAACUUUUGAUCAAUUAACAUGUUCUUCGACGUAGCAAAAUUAUUUAAACAUAUUUACUAAAGUACUUUUUAGGUUACAAUUGAAACAAACAGUACAAUAUAUUAAUGACUAAGGAAUGUUCAUGUUACAAUGAAUUUUAGUAUUACUUAUAUUGUUAUCUAAAUAUACCUCUUUACGACAAAA